AUUUCCAAUCCCAUACGGCCAUAGGCAUGGCCCAGCAUCCGAAAUAUUCAUCCGUAUCUUUCUGUAGUAGCUUCUGCGAACGUUUGGUUUCUUUUCCUCCUGUCUAUUUUUUGGCCUCGUGGUGACCUUUUAGAUUUUUCCUGAGUUAUAGAGUGGUGGAAGAGCGGCUGUGCUUCUCUUUUGAAGAGGGCCUCUAUCUUUCGGAUUGCAAAAUAAUUGCCGAUUUUCCGUGAAGAUGUCUCAGUACAAUUCCGAAGACCCGGCGGCCUCGCGCGACAGCUACAUUUCGGAGCUGUCCGUGGAGAAGGAGAACCUAAGUGCAUCAUUUGUACACUGCUUGAGGCUUCUAUCCGAAGAAAUUGAACGAGUGAAAACGGGUGGCCACCAGAUGAAGUCUUCUAGUCAAGUCACUUUAACGGAAAAGAUUGAUGUGCCUGUCAAGGACUUUCCAGGGUUCAACUUUGUUGGCCGCCUCCUGGGACCUCGAGGACUGACGCUGAAGCGGAUGCAAACUGAGACAAAUUGCAGAAUGACUAUUAUGGGACGGGGGUCUAUUCGUGACCCAGCAAAGGAAGAGGAACUCCGAAUUAGUGGCGAUCCAAAGUACGAACACUUGAAAGAAAACCUGUACGUCUUUAUUGAAGCUAAGGGGUCACAAGCCAUCGCGUCAGCUCGACUGGCAGCUGGCAUUGCUGAAGUCCGGAAAAUGCUCAUUCCAUGCGAAUUUGAUCAAAUACGUGAAGAGCAGUUAAGAGAGUUAGCAGUGCUGAACGGACUGCGCAACCAGAACAGUAUGGCGGAGCAGGCUUCGAACGCUGCUGUUGCGGCGGCAGCUGCCGCUGCUGCUGCGGCCGACUACCAUUCACAAAGGCCAAGCGCUCCGCAAGCGAACGGCGGUCACAUAAUCAAUGGCGAGUUGUACACGCCAGUUGCAACGUCGUGCAGUCAGCAGCAGGUGACCGCUGACCCGUUUGGAGAGAUAAGAGCGUAUGCAGCAUCACCGGCACCCCCACCAACAAGGAGCAGCUACUCUGCACCAGUGCGCGGUGCACAUCCGUCAGCUAUGGAGCAUAGUCGAGGUCGAGGUCGAGGACGGGGCCUGCCGCGCAGCAACGCCACCAACAGCCGGGGACGUUCAGACGAGGCGUUCGUUGCUCGCCGUCUUCCAUCCAUGGGACUUGCACCAGGCCAGGCCUCCGGUUACACGCUGUCUGACACUGCGUUGGAAUUGAUUGGCGAUUAUGAUGCAGACUUUGCACCGCCUCCGCCCAUACCACGCAGUGGUGCAUAUAGCACGUACAGUACAGCAACGUCGGCUUCACGUAACGCCGAAGUGUCAGCUGCCGCCGCGGCUGCUAGUGCGCAUGAACUAACAGCAUGGCACAAAGCACCGCCAGGUAUACCCAGCGCGGUCCAGUACAGCGCUGCUGUCCAGGCACGCUAUCGCCCGUACUGACAUGCUGUGGCGUUGCCAACCCUCUGUAAACGUUUGUGCAUGGAAAUACCCCGGGUGCUGGCUCUCUCUGUCUAUACAUGGUGAAGCUUGACUACUUACUCUGAUGAUGUUCCACUCAAGACAGCAGGAGUACAGGCACUGAACUAAUCAGUUUCCAUAUUUGCACUCGCACAUGCACGUAAACCCUUAAUCAUCUAAAGCUCUUUUGAUGUUUUGUAUGACGGGGAGCAGGGUUUUAGGGUGUUUUUUCAAUUUUUAAACCUGAUAUAAGUAACUUGUCAUUACUGUAUUCGAGUAGUCAAUGGCAUGUGUCCUUGAAUGCUUUUGUAACCACUCGCCUUAAAUCCUGACUUGACCUCCCAGCCUUUCUCUAAUCAUGCUGCCCUCGGAGCUUGUCUUUAGUUUUAGUACCAAUCACCCCAGCUGCCUUGACUGAUAGCUAAAUUGUAAUUUUCACUUGUUUUGACUGAUUAUAAAUAAUAGUUUUUUGGCCUCUUAUAAAACUAGUUUCUGAAUGUGAAAGCUUCAAGUUUGAAGAUGUUUCCAAGCUUUCGAUGGACACAAUCCAUUAUUUUACCCAACUUUUUUAUAUGCUCAGAUCAUGGGAGUUUUGUCUAUUUCCUUCUUUUUAUCCCGGUUCUUUCUGUUUGCAUGUGCGGCGAUGAACUUGACCUUUUCAAUCUCA